UCAUUCGUGAGUAGACUGCGACCGCGUUCGGACCGGUUUCCCACAUCGUUAGCUCCUCAUCGUGCGCCGUGUUUAUAAUCCUCUCUCCAACACAUCGCCACUUGCCGCACAAAAAACAUCAAACCAUAGGAGCAGGAAUAUCGGAGUGUGUGUGUGCAGUGUUGGUGACAACUCCCUCCGUCCGCCGAUCGGUCGUUCAUCAAACUAAACAUCGGCAGUGCAACGAGUUCUUUUGUUAUUAAUCAUGUAACGCAAGGGUUGUGGGCGGGUCGUCAUGUGGGGUGGCUCACCGUGCUCGGGAAUUUCCUAAUCAUUCCGACGUUUAUAAGUUAAGUGGAUUAAAAGUGCCGCGCCUCAGCGCUCCUUGGAGCGCUCAACCUGCGCGAUUAAGAAAGCGUGUCCUGUUACACAAAUAUUGUACAAGGAAACAAGUGAUCGUAGUGCAAUCGACUCUGUUGCGAAAGAGGGGAGUGCGUUGAACGCAUUUGCUGGGAUUGCGAAGCAGUUAUACGCAUGAAGAGUUGAAAAUUUUGCUGACGGCUAAUCAAUUUGCGUGAAGAGCCAACACACAGUCAACAGUCAGUCAUCAGUGCAGUGCAAUGCAUAGAAGGGGAGACACGGAGCAGCGCAAACGAAGACAACGAGUUCGUCACGAUUGAUGUAAAUCGUACUACGCAAGUGUAUUUGUGACAUGUUUUCAUUGGAUAUGUUGUGCAAUUUUUGAGUGGUUGUAUUUAUCGUGACUGGAAUUUUAUAGAAUUAAUUAUUGCUUUUCGGAAAGGUGAUUCGUCAAUCAUCACAAUCUAGAGUGCAAGGUGCGUGAUCCGGGUUGGACAAAUACAGCGUCCAGAGUUGAUCAGAGAUAAUCCUCAGCCAUGGCAGACCCGACAUCAGCAACCCCUAUGCCAGUCCCAAGACCCCGCCAAAAGCCUAACCACAGCUCUUCACUUGCCAUCAGCCAAGACGAACCGGACAGCAUCGGUUCCAGCAUUCCAUCCAUCUAUCCGAAGCUUGAUCAGGGCAGCGUCCCAUCUCUGUAUCGAAAGGUGGACUACGAAAACUAUGAAAUCCCCUUUCCAAAAGCCAGCAGCACUCCCCAAGCCCAAAGCAUCAACUCUGCCGCAAAUGCCAACUCUCGACCGGUUCCCGCGCCAAGACGAACCAAGCUCGUGAUUCAGGAUGACGAAGGAGACUCCACUCAGUAUCAGAACGUAACUCCGGCCUCGGCGAAUGCCACCACCACGCCAACAGCAACAGGUGCCAUAAAACGGUCUCCUCCGCGUCCGCCUCUCCCGGCGAGCAGUCCCGGCUUCACGACCGUUCACAACGAUCUGCGCGGAACGAGCUCGGAGGCGACCUCACCGAGGACUUCCACCAGCAGCCGAAUGUUCAGCUUCGAAGGGGAACCCAUCCCUGGGUUGGGGAAUCCGAAUGAGUCGUCGGAUGGGGUGUCGAUUGGGAGUGGUGACAGCAGUGGCCGAAAGUACAAGACCACAUCUCCAGGAGAGCUGUUCAAAUCGAUUGGAAUGACCUCGAAACUAUUGACGGAGUCUAUCACGGAGAGGGUAACGCACAAAUCCAAAAAGGUUGCGACCAAACUGGACAAAAACUUCAAAAGCUGGGGGACUGAAGCAUCGAGUAAACUGAAGAGCGUUAGCAAAUCGAUCAACAGUUUAGCGGAAGAUAAGCUGUCGCUUUCGUUGGCACGCAAUAAGGAAGGCAAAACAAGCCGCAGCAAUAGUACGACAGACGAUCAGGAGUUUUUGGAACGAAGGCAAACCGUGCCUCCGGAGAAUAGUGAUCUCAUGAAGAACAUCCAGUUCAAUAGUCCCCUCAACAAUAAGGUCAAUAACCGGGACGACCUGACCCAAGGGUCGACGUCCUCCGCAUCCACUUACGACAUUCCAAAAAAUGCCAAAAGGACAAAUUUCGAGGAACCGCCACCGUACACGGAAUCGAGCAAGUCCAAGUCAAAUAGUAGCAUGAGCUUGGCGUCCGUGUCUUCGUCGUCGACGAAUCCCUCUUCGACCGGGAUGUUUACGAGAAACUCCGGACUGAGCCAGAGUCUGUACAGUAAGGUUCUGCCAAAGAAGGACAGAAGUGGGGGAAUCCCAUCGCCGGGACCUCUGCGGCAGAAAAAUAAGAGUGAGUCAAAUCUGUAUGAGAGCAAGUUCUACAUCGAUUCAGUGCGGGAGAUCGACAUUGGAAGCAGCGCCGAAAAUAUUCCACCGCCGAAAUUUCCCGCACCAGUACUUCAAGCAGCAGAAACUUCCAAAGCGCGUGAAAAUCCGUACGGCAAGUUGAAUAUCAUUCCGCGAUCGCCUUCCAGUAGUUCUUCCGAGGAAGACAAUAAUAAUCUACCGGAGAUGUUGAAACGUAUAAAGAUUCGGAAGAAAUCUGAAAACUACGAAAACGUCGCGGUGGGUAGUUCAUCGGCUCCAGAUUCUCGAAGAGCAACCUGUAACUCGGUGCAUCGCGUCUUUUCACGUAGAACGUCGUCAAUCGACGACUUGCGCAACAAUAUGAAUCUGCGCUCCGACUCGUGGAACUUCUAUGACAUCAGUAAUCGCAAUGCACGUCAUGAAAAUGACGAGGAUGAAGAUAGCUCCAGUAUAAGUACUCCAGAGCCAACGUACGCCAACGAUCAGCUUUAUGGACAAAUCUGCGAGAUGGAAACAUCUCUACUCAGACCAGAGCCGCUGAAUUCUCGGCCUGCGAAACACGAUUACGAUGAGGUGUCCAUAAUGGAUAUCAUCGACGAAUUCGAUCCGUUGGCUCAUCGACGAUCGCUGGCGGUCAUCAUGGAAAAGACUGGCGAUAAAGACGAACUCACCUUGAUCGAGAACAUUCUGAGUGCAGAGUCCUACGGACGAAGCGUCAAGCUGGAAUCGUCGGAUGAAAACCUGGUGCCGGAAGACGUCCCCAAGGGGCUCCCAAAGCCACCGAAAAGAUCGGAUUCACUACUGGAAUCAACAACGAAGGAUGAUCCCGGACCUCCCAAUAAAGAUCCGCCGCCGAUUCCGCAUCGAAAAAAGUCCCGCAGUCCCAAGAGGAGUAUGAUCAUCCAUCAAAAUCUGAACUUACCCUCGGACAGCAUCGAAAAUCUGGUUGAAGAAGCGGAAAUCGAACCGUACCUAGCAAGGGUGGAUGAACCGGAGGCGAGUCGCGAUCCAGCCGAUUUGAGCUAUCCAUCCAGCAGUCAGAGUCCACAAACAAGUUGGUUUGUGCCGGAUGACGCUACCGAACCAGAACCAGAAAAAUUCCUCAAAACUACAAAUGUAAACCCCUUGAAUGAAAAGAUCGACGGCAAGUCGGUGGACAAGAUCCACAAGGAACUUCCCUCGGAGUUGUCACGAAUCAACGAGGAUGAUUCGUAUCUUCCUUCGUACAUGGAAGCAAUUGGUGCAGAAGCUACGGGCGAACCCUUGCCCGGACCAUCCACCAACAAAUCCAGUGUAAAGUCCAAACUGUUGAACGCCCUGAAGCGCAAGUCCAGCUUCAAAGCAAAGGGAGACACUCUAACCGUACUGGAGAUGAUCCCGAAGCCCUUGUUGACCGAGAGGCUCAUCAGUCAUCAGGGACACGUUUUGAAGUUCCCAUCCGGUAUGAUCGGAGAUGUGUUCAACGAGUUGGCGCCGCGGUCGGCCGUACUGAAGGAAAAGAUCAUCCAGACGUAUCAGGAUCCUCAGAAAACUCAGCCCAAGGAGACGUUGCACCUGAAGUUCAUAUUAAGUUUGCAGUGCGUGGUUCAGCACAAGUUCAACAACGAAGGAGGGCCGGAUCUACACUGCUUUGAAGUUGUGCUGGCAAUGCCGAAGAAGGAAGGAAGUUCCGGGUCAAAUCAGCAGCUUCUGACCAACCCUAAUUUGGUGAUUACGAGCAACAAUAGUGGCAAUGUAAAAACGUUACGACAGUCGUACAUGUUCGGAGUACACAAACGCUCGGACAGGAACUUGUGGAUGGCAAAGAUAUUGCACUCUGUGACGGAGGUUUUCCCGGAAACGUGUCUGGCGGAGUUCACCCGCGCCGGUUGGUGUUAUAUGAAGAAGUCCGUUUCGUCCAGCUGGAGCGGAGCAUGGCUGCUGUUGACGAAGCGUCGGUUAUACUUCUACAACUACCAAGACCAUCAGCUGGAGCAGUUGGAUCUGCGGAAGGCUCGAUGCAUCGGAGGUAUCGAAUCGGAUGAAUCGAUUCGGAAUCUACACACGGAAUCCGGACCGUCGCUGUUCAUUGACUGCCCGCCGUAUGCCACGUUGUAUUUCAUCAUGGCGUCUCCGAGGGAGACCCAGAUAUGGAAGAAGAUCAUCAAGGAUACGGCGCAUAAAAACGGAAGCAGCAUUCACAGCCAACAGUUGACCAAGAACGACGUCCCCGUGCUCAUCGACAAGUGCGUCAACUUCAUCUACGCACAUGGUUCGAUGUCCGAGGGAAUUUACCGCAAGUCUGGAUCGUCUAGUCAGGUCACCAAAAUUCUACAACUCUUCAAGGAGGACGCAUUUGCGGUUCAGCUCAUUCGCGGAGAAUUCAACGAAUACGACGUCGCUGGGGCGUUGAAGAAGUUCAUUCGGGACAUUCCAAGUUCAUUUUUUGGAAGCUAUUCGAUAAGUUUCGUCAGUAUCUCCAGUUUGAAGUCCGUGAAGGACAAAAUCGAUUCCUACAAGGAGCUGCUCUCACGUCUGCCAAAAGUGGAAUAUCACACAUUGAAGAAGCUGAUUGGGCACCUUAACUUCAUCGCGUCGCUUGAGCAGCACAACAAGAUGGGUGUACCGAACCUGGCCAUGAUCUGGGGAUCAACGCUGAUGGCGAACUCCACUCAGAAUUUGGAAGCCGAACAGGUGACGUACAGUCAAGAAGAGGCGGACGUUGUGGCGGAUUUGAUCAAGCUCUACAAAAACCUAUUCACGAUCACCCCGGAGGAGGUCAAGAAGGAGCUGCUCAUGCUGAAAGUGUUGCAAAAAUACCACGCCGCGGCGGAAAAUCUAUCCGACACGGUAAAAGAUUCCGGCGAUUUGAAGGUAUGGAUCGCGAUUGAGUGCGACGAGGGAAGCAGUAAGGCAGCGAGUGAGGAGAAGACCCAGAUCAAUGUUACGAUCACUCCGACCAAAACGGCUUCCGACAUUUGCAAGGAACUGGCGGGGAAGACUCCGUUCCAGUGGUACAAGCUGACCCUGUACGAGGUAAUCGGAGAUGGUUCGUUGACUCGACCCAUCCACUAUAGCGAGAGGGCAUUGGAGGUUGUGUUGAGGUGGACUUACUGGAACGACGUCGAUCGGAAGAAUAACUACUUAUCGAUCAGACAAACCACAACGUUGAACGACGUCUAUCGACACAUUCAGAAGUCGCCACUCCUCACGCCCACCACCGAGCUGAAGUUCGCCGAUCGGAAAACGAAAACACUGCGGAGUUACAAGCUGCAGCUGAUCGGGAAGGAGAUCGUUGUGCUGAAGAGGGUGGACAAGAAGGAGAAGGGUCUCUAUGAGGAACUGAUGAAGAUUGACCUCAGCAAAGUUCAAGCGUACAUUGGAAGGGAGGCGAAGCGGGAUCAGUCGAGUCUUCGGUGGGCGAUAACCCUGGUGGAUAAUGAUUUCAAAAAGAGGACUCGAGACGCCCCCUUCAUCGGCCAUCUCUUCGGAGGAAUCGAUUUCACGGAUCAAGUCACGUGGUAUUCCAGCAUUCUGUACAGCCUACACAAGGAUGACAUCCUGCCGAGUAGUGAUCUUUUCUUCUAGCCUUUUAGGUAGCCAAUAUUUACAUGCGAGUAUUUCCAUUUUACCUAACUAGAUUUUAACCAGUUAUUGAAUUCAGCUAUGAAUAAAUUCAUCAAGUAAGGACCGUCUUCAAAUGGUCGCAAUUUCUCAA